AUGCGAAAAACGUUUGUACGUCUCAGUGGCGGAUUUCAACCCCCGCGAACAUUAGGGGUGAAACGCCAUUCUUCACAAGAACCAACAUCUCUCUCAAAUCCUCCAGUUAAUAAUACUAAUAGUAAUACUACUACUACUACUUCCUCCUCUUCUUCAGUGGAUGAUGUGAGAAAGAACAAACGUACAUGUUUAGAACUCUCACCUUCGCAUAAACAAGAGAUAGCGACAGUGUCGAGAUCAGAACAUACCCCAUCACCUCCACCAUCUAGAGAAGUAUUGUCAUCCAGUAGUAAAGAAGAAAUAAAAAAUUCAGGAGAUGUUCAUAAACCUCAUGAAUGCAAUUAUCCAUUAAAUUACCAAACACCUGAUCGACGUACAAUACAAGCAGUCGUGGCGGAAGAAGAAGAAAAAAUUGUUGAAAGUCAAGAGAUGCUGCAGCGGGAAAUGGAGGAGGAUCUUCGACUCUCUGCAGAUCUCGCCUUUACACCUCGAGAUGGAGGAAAACUAUCAGGAACACGUGUUUUCUCACAACCAGGAGUAGAAGAAGGUACUGGAUAUAAUGAAAAGGGAGAAGAAGAAGAAGAUAGAACGAAUACCACUUUGUUUAUUUUUCCUAAUCUUGAGGGAGAUGAAGAUAGUAAUGGUAUUAUACCAUUUGAAGAAGAGGGAGAAGAAGAAAAAGAUGAAAACAAUACAGCUAUGGUAUACUCUCAUAAUAAUCCUAGUUCUGUUAUUCCUAGUAGGAGUAAUACUAUUACCACUAAUACUAUUAAUACUACUAUUAAUACAGCUGCCAUUAACACUUCUACUAGUGCAGUAAUAAAGGGAACCUCCACGAAUAAUAAUAAUAAUAAUAAUAAUAAUAAUAAUAAUAAUAAUAAUAAUAAUAAUAAUAGUGUUAGUGUUCGUAGUAGUAAUAGUAGUAGUAGUAGUGGUGGAUUUUAUGAUCUUCCUUAUGCUGCACAGAGUUUCUUUAAUAAUCGACGUGGUAUUAAAAAACUUUAUCCUUGGCAACACGAAGUUCUCAUGAGAGAUGAUAUUCGUAGUGGAGAAAGUUUAGUAUACAGUCUUCCAACUAGUGGAGGGAAAACACUAGUAGCGGAAAUAUCACUUUUACGAUGUCUUCUUAAUCGUAAAAAGUCAUGUUUUUUCGUUCUCCCUUUUGUAUCUUUGGCAGAAGAGAAAACAGAAGGACUUCGACUUCUUGGGGAUACUUUGGGUUUUGCUGUAGAUGGUCACUAUGGAACUCAAGGUAGACUUCCUCUUUCUAAACGCACAACGGUAUAUGUUUGUACUAUUGAAAAGGCUAAUUCUUUACUUAAUCAUAUGCUUGAAGAAGGAUUAACAGAAGAACUUGGUUGUAUUGUAGUGGAUGAAUUACAUAUGCUUGGUGAAUCCCGUCGUGGGGCAACACUUGAACUAUUUUUAUCAAAGGUACUUUGUCUUUCUCAUUCUGUUCAGAUUAUUGGAAUGAGUGCUACUAUUCCUAAUUUACCAAAUAUAGCUAAAUGGCUAAAUGCUAGUUGUUAUUUAGGGGAAUAUAGACCUGUACCAUUACGACAAUACGCGGUUAUGCAAGGUAUGGUAGUAGAAGAUGGUGAAAGAAAUGAGAGAAAUUUGUUAGAAGCUGGAUAUUCUACAGAAUUAGAACAAUUAGUAUUUCUUGCAACAGAAGUGACAGAUGCAUCUGUACUUAUUUUCUGUGCAAGUCGUCAACAAUGUAUUGAUACAGCUCAUCUUAUUGCACGAUAUAGAAAAGAAGCUAUGAAUGGAUAUCCAGGUGCAAAUGAAAGUUUUGUUAGUGCUAUUGUAUCUGAACUUAAUUCUCUUAGUCAUGAUACUUCACUACUAACACAUGUUAUUCCAUUCGGUAUAGCCUUUCAUCAUGGUGGACUUCUUUCAGAAGAACGUGAACUCAUUGAACGAGCAUAUCGUCAACGUUAUAUUAAUAUUCUUUGUUGUACAUCUACUUUAGCAGCUGGAGUAAAUCUUCCAGCUAGACGUGUUAUUUUUAAAACUCCUUAUGUGGGUCGUGAUUUCUUAACAAAAUCUCGUUAUUUACAAAUGUGUGGACGUGCUGGAAGAGCUGGUUUAGAUGAAUUUGGUGAGUCAUUUCUAUUAUUAGCACGUAAAGAUUGUAAACGUGGACGUGAGUUAAUGAAGGAAGAUGUGGAACCAUGCUCUAGUAAAAUGUUAGAGGACGCAAGUUCUUUUGAACGGUCUAUAUUGGAGUGUAUUGCUGUUGGGAUUAUACGUUCUCCAUAUGAGGCUAGAAAAUGGAUAUCUAGUCUUUUAUGUCAUUAUGCCCCUGGUCCAUUUGAUGCUGUGUAUGAUGCGACAUCAAGACCAUUACCUGUUGUUCUUGACAAUAUAUUUGAGUUGGCAUUAAUUCGACUGGUACACACGGGUUUGGUGCGGCGUUUAUUACAGACAAUAGUAGAUGGGUCUGUCACUACUACUACUACUACUACUACUAUUGUGGAUUCAUCUCAUGGUGAUAGUAGCAACCAUAAUAAUAAUAAUAAUAAUAAUAAUAAUAAUAAUAAUAAUAACAAUAAAGAGAAGAAUCAGAGUGAAAAUCAAAAGAGGGUUGAAGAUGAUGAGAAUGUAGUAUUCUCUGCAACCCCGUUUGGUGUUUGUUCUGUACGUUCGUGUUUUAGCAUUGAAGAGGCUUUACUUGUUCGGGAUGAGUUGGAACAAUUACAACGUACAGGACUUAUACUUGCGGAUGAUCUUCAUUUAUGCUACUUCUUAACACCACUACGGGAGAUUGGGGACUGUAAUUGGGAGGUGUACCGUGAUAUUCUCUCUCGUUUAAAUGAAAACCGCCAACGGAUUGCAAACAUGGUGGGUGUGGAUGAAUAUCUUGUAUACCAGCGGGCAAUGGGAUUAGGUGAUUCUACCGGCAGUAGUAUGAACACCAAUAAUAAUAGUAAUAGUAAUAAUAGUAAUAGUAAUAAUAAUAAUAAUAAUAAUAAUAAUAAUAAUAAUAAUAAUAAUAGCAAUAGCAGUCAGAUGUUCUCCACACGUCGUUUCUUCGUGGCGUUGAUGCUUGCCGAUCUCCUUGGCGAAGUCCCCUUGUCGGUGGUGGAGCAGCGCUAUCAGUGCAAUCGCGGGCAGCUGCAGGGACUAAUGCGGAGUGCGUCGAUGUUCAGCAGUUCCAUCACGGCCUUCUGCCGGGCGAUGGAGUGGUUUGCGCUCGAGGCGGUGCUGGCGGCGUGUGUGAAGCGGCUGGGGUUUGGCGUGAAGCCCGACAUUGUGCCGCUGAUGGAACUGCGCGGGCUGCAGCCGGGCCGGGCGCGGGCACUGUGGGCCGCCGGCUUCCGCGACCCCGCCGCCAUCGCCGCCUGUGGGCCAGAAGAGGUCCUGCGCCGCGUGCGGGCAACCGCCAAUAAUAACAGUAAUAAUAGUAAUAAUAAUAAUAAUAGUGGUGGGAAUAGGGCUGCGAAGUAUUUUACACUGCGAGCCGCUGUGGCACUUGUACGGGAGGCGAAUUUGUUUCUGCAGCGACAAAUACGGGAGAAGAAGGGAGAGCUGAUGGAACUGACACUACACUCACGUCUGCCAUGA